AUGACAUCUGUAAGUGAAGUUUCCCUAAUUCUAGCAAAUAAUCUGAGCUCCUCCCAGGCACUGUUCACUACCUACGACAAGAUUAAGACCCCUGACUAGAAUUAAAACAUGCCGUUCAAAAACACUAUAAAUCUCCUGAGGAGCGAGCGUCUCCUGAACAAGGAAGCCAAGGAAAAGUAGGAGGUUUCUGAAGCUUGGAAAUGCAUUUGUAUGCUUUCUGAUAAUGUGAAAGACCUGAAGAUGAUUGAUCAUCUGCAAAAAAGAAAUUGCUAGUUGUGUGGAGCAUUUAUCGUUGGAAACGAGGAAGAAGAGCAAAAUGCUGGUUUUGGGAGUUAAACCAAAAGAGAUAGAUAUGACAGUUCAGCUAAAAAGAGAAAAUCUCAUUAAAAAGUGAGGGCUUUGAAACAAAAAGAAGACUUCUUUUUCGCUGAUAUGUCUCCAAGUGAGCUAUACAGCUAUUUGAGACUCGAAGAGUCAUCUUAAAGAUUCAAGCAAAUCCAAGGCAAAUUUAUCAGCUUAAGCUCUUAGCAAAUCAAGACAAGGAGAGUCCUAGUAGAUUGGAUCUUUGAAAUUGGAGAAAAGCUCAAGCAAAGAAUCUUGACUACACAUCUUGCAGUGGUGUUCUUAGACAUUCUGUUAUAAGAUGAUAAAAUCUUUGAAAAAGUCAAGCAAGAAGUAUUGCCAUGUGCAUGCUUACUUCUUGCAUCAAAAUUUGAUGAACUUGAUGAUAAUAUUCCACUUAUAAGAGAAAUUCAGAAGGCGUAAGCCAAAUAGAGAAUAAUCGGGUACGAUGAAAUGGUAAAGGCUGAGUAAACUGUACUCUUUAAACUUAAUUGGGAUCUUUUUAAGCUUACACCCAUGCAUUUUUUGCAAAAUUUGAUAGGAUAGGGUAUUGUUUUUUCUACUGAUAAAGUUUAAGCUUCUAAGUCUGCCACCACAAAUGUUUAAGAUAUUGAUGAAAAGACUUUAAAGUCAGUAAAGAAGCAUGCUGAGUUCUUUGCAGAUCUUGCUAUUUAGGAAUACGAUCUUUCCAAAAACUAUAGACCAUCAGUAGUAGCCAUUUCAUGUGUAGUUUUAGCUCGUAAAAUGAGCAAAAUUAUCCCAGAAUGGAAUGCUGCAGGACUAGAAGAACUCACAGAUUAUACAUAUGACGGAGAAGUAAAGAAAUGCUCAGAUAAACUAUAUAAAAUAUACCAGAAAUAGUUUGGAAUAGUUAGCAAUAAUAAUAACAGUAAUAGCAAGACACCAAAUCAGAAUUAGAAUUACUAAUCAACUAAUCCCAAGAGUGAGAACAAGGCAAGCAAUAAGCAUAACAAGGAAAAUCAAGAAAAAAUCAGAUCUGCCUCCAACUAAAAUAGAGGUCUAGGUCUCAAAUCUCAAAACACAAUCAAUGUUUAAAGCUAAACACACUUGCACCUCUAGAUAAAACCCUAAGUUAUUCAGGAAGAGGCAGAGCAAAUGCAUAUUAGUCAUAAUACUACCAGAUCUGAUGAUUCUUCUACGAGAAACAGCUAGCAUGUAAAGAAUAUCCUUAGAAUUAACCUCAACGAUGGAGAUCCAUAUCUUAUUUUUGAUUAAGGAAAGGAUAAGCCUUAGACUUAGUUAGCAAGUGUUAGAAAAGAUAAGCCCUAGCUGCUAAAGCAACCACAAAAAUCUUCAGAUGAGACUAAAUUGACACUUACUAACUCUUAUACUAGUGAUCCUUAAUCGCCAACUAUGAUGACUUAUAGCAGUCAAAUGACCGGAGAGAACUCUAAGAUCACAAGUUAAAACAAGGCUCAGACAGUUUAAAACCAGUCUAAUGCCAGAAGUUAGGAGCUCAGUUAAAACUCAAAGAAAGUCAAUAAUCUCUUAGCAACAUCAUCCUCAAACCUUAAAGCAAAUACAAGUAAUACCAAUGUAAACGUAAGCAGCACUAGUAAUACACUUAAAGCUAUACAAAAUAACUAAGCCUAAAAGCCCAGAAAUCUUAGUAAAAACAAGAGUCAGAAUAUUAUCCAAGCAGUUACCUAAAAUAAUUUGAAUGGAACAGUAGCCCAUUAGACAUUCUCAAGUGCCAUAAAAAUACAGCCCUCUUCCACAAAGAACAAUCAGAAUGGUGCAGCUCCUUCAUCAUAAAAUAAUCACGCUAAUCUAAAUAUGGGUAGAGAAAAUAUGCCUUCAACUAAAAAGUCAAGCGCCAGCAAUGCUCACUAGUCUCAGCUAUCAUGUAGAAUCAAUAGCAAUAUACAGGGCAUCAGUUCUAUAAGCACCAACACCAACAUCAACUCGUCAAACUCAAACAAUGCGAACACUUCCAAUAAUUAAUAAGUCUCAAGCAGUAGAAACAAGAACUCAUCUGGAUAUCAAGGAUUCCAACUAAGUGGCUUUGAAAACAUCUGCAGCACAAUGGAUAUGUCAAACAACAACCCUCACUAGAAAUAAGAUUAAGUCCUGAGCUAGAAAUCUCAACUAGCCAAGAAGUCAGUAGGACCCUUAUCUAAUCGCACUAACCAGCAGCACCAAAUCUUAUCAGAAAAUCACAUUGACACUCCUAGUGGCUUGAACAAGGAAGAACAAAGUACCAAUUUCAUAGAGAUGCUUCCUUAAAACUCUCACAGACAUCAGUUGUCUGUUGUGCAGAGCACCAUUAACCUUGCCAGCAAUAGCAGGUUAUCGAAGAGAUCUAUGGACUUCACCAGCAAGCACAAAAAGUUUGAAAGCAAGCUGCAAUAGUCUUCUAAGCAUCAAAUGAAAAACAGCAAGCAAAACAGUCACAUCAAGUUGCUACCAAAUGACUUCCAGAGCAUCAAUUCAAAAGAAAACUCCAUCACUAGAGUCUGUGCUUUCGACUUAACUGCAUUUUCAAAUUCAAAUAACUCUGCUCAUUAAACAUUGAACAAAAGCAACGCUAAGGUUAAUCCAAAUAAUGAAAAUAAUACAGCAUAAGCUUACAAUGCAGAGAUGGCUAAAAAGGCUAAACAGCUUUUCGAUAGAAAGAAGUCCUCAGCCUUGAGAAACACUACAUUGGAAGAGAUUUGCGAGUUCAAGAAGGACUAGUUAGUAGGCAGUCCUUAAAAACAGCACCCUGUAGCCUAAACUACAAAGAAUGGUCAAGUAUCCAACACUUCUUAACCUUAGUAAAAUGCUUCUGCUACUCAGAACAUCACAAAUAUGGCUAAUCAGACUGGAAGCAACUACAUUUAAAAAAAUAAAACCUAUGUAAACAAGCUAAACCAGAUAGUCAAGGAGAAGAAGCACGGCCAAGAGACUCCAUCAGCCAUCCAGAUCAACAGCAGUGUCAAGACUACCUACGUUCAAGUAACUCAGAGUAAUUCAACUAGAAAUAACCAACCGCCUUCAAAUAACAACUUAGCAAAUGAGAAAUCUGCCAAAUAGGACAAGUCUUAAACCAAACAGUUCGCAUUGAUCAACACUAAUCCAUACAACUCCUCUCAAAUGGAAAAUAGCAACAACAGUUCUAUGAAUGCUCCCUAAGAACAGCUACUGCAGCAAUUUAGAUCAAUCUAGGACACAUAAGCCAUAAAUUCAUCAAUAUAACAAUAGCCUUAGAUACUCUAGGCAUCGCAAGCUAUUAUAAGUUUCAACUCAAGAAGAGCUAGUGAAUUCAAGCAAUGCGACUACUUAAAGCCAACUCUAUCCUCUAUGUCCAGAGCAAAAUCAGUCGUUCCUUAAAAAGGAAAGCAAAAGGAUAAGAAGCAACCUUUGACCAAUGUAUAAUGUCCACUCCAAGAGGAAAACACCUCUUUUGACUUGUCAUCCAAGAAUCGCUCUCCAGCUUAGAGAGGACCUAUCAAGGUAUAUGAGAAGUAUUAGUAACUAGGCUUAUCAAAAUCUGGAUAGAAAAGAUAAGGCAGCAACAUCAGAAAACCAUAGUUUAGAGAAGAGCAUUCCAAUGAGAGACUUAGACUCUCUAAUACCAAUAUUGAAGCUCUGACCUUUAAUGCCUCUCAGAUCAAUCUCAACUAAACUAAGGCUGUAGUAGUUUCAAAUAGUAGUGUCAUUGGUAGUUCAACUCUCUUGCAAGGCAUUCCAGCAGGAAACACUAAGAGACUAUCCCUUUAAAAGCAAGGUUCAAGCACUAAAAACAUGAGACUUGCUAAUAAUGCCAAUAACAGCAAGUCACAAAGAACAUCAGUUUCUAUGUCUUUCCAAAAUCAUAUCUCUACUGAUGAUACCUGUUCCUAGGACAACUAAGUCAGAAGGAAAUAAGCAAAGGCUACUCUUUAGAAGUCAAAGAGCAAGAUCAUGUCAAAGACUUUAGCCACAAAUAAAAUUGCGAGUCAGCAGCCAUCCUCAAACAUUGUAAGUGCAAGAUCAAUUGGAGGCGUUGCUAUUUUGGAAGAGGAAGAGCAUGAAGAAGCAUUCCACACAAGUUAGAGUGAGGAUGAGGAGGAGGAACAUCAACUCACUCAUGAGUAUAACUUCGACGAUGAAUGUUCAGAGUAGGAACAAGAUGAGGAAGAGACUCAUAUCACUCACAUCAACAAUGGAAAAGGCAAUAACAAUCACAAUGGCUAUGAGUUCUCAAACCAUGAACAGAGCAUCAAUAAAAGCGAUACCACUGACGAUUUGAAGUACGCUUCACAAAGUUUUACUCAGAACAACAAUAUGAACACAGUCUCAUUUGAUGCUACUGGCUCAGAUUACAAUAUCAAAGACCUCAUUCAAUAAUGA